GGACGCGGACGGGCCGCCGCCGCCACCGUUCUGCCCCUGCCCGCGCGGAGCGCGCCCUGCGACGGUUCCAGCCCGGCUCUCAGCUCCCCCGGGGGAUCCAUUUCCGUCUUGCCUUCGCCGGUGACGCCGGUGACGCAUUGCAGCCCCGCGGAGAUGCUAUCUCGUCACCUGCAGGCCGGGACCCCCGCCCGGGCGGGAAGCAGGAGAUAGAGCCAGGCGGCCGCCCGCCGGCCCGCACCCCGUCCCCCGCGGACCUCAGGGAUGUGGCCGCCCCAGUGACGGCCCCGCGGCCCCGAGGCUGCCCUGGUCGGGCGGAGCCUGGUGUGAGGAGCGGCUGCUCCCGGCGCGGGCGCGUGUGGAGUCCCUGGAUGGAGCUUGGGACCCGGGCCCCUCAUGUCUGUCCUGCUGACUCUGUGUGUGGCGCUCCUGCCCCUGGCGACCCCCGGCCAAGGCGUCCGGCGAUGGGAGCCCUGCACGGACCUGCGGCCCCUGGACAUCCUGGCAGAGGCGGUCCCUCCCGAUGGCAUGGCAGCGGGCGUCAGGGUGACGCAGGUCCAGGGUGCACGAGGACUCCAGCUCUCGGCCGCCGCCCCCCACGCCCUGAGCUUCCCUGCCUCGAGGGUCUUCUCCAGAUGUGACCUCUUCCCGGAAGAAUUUUCCAUUGUCGUGACCUUGAACGCUCCCAGUCUCCCUCCUAAGAAGAACGAGUACCUGCUCACGGUGGUGGCCGAGCGGGACGCGCUGCUGCUGGGUCUGCGCUACUCCGCGGCGCAGCUGCACCUGCUCUUCCUCAGCCAGGACGCGGCCGGCACCUGGCAGACCCGCGUGUCCUUCCGCAGCCCGGCUCUGACCGACGGCCAGUGGCACACGCUGGUCCUGGCUGUGUCCGAAGGCGCCUUCUCCCUCACCACGGACUGCGGCCCUCCUGUGGACAUAACGACUGACAUGCCCUUUCCAGCCACCCUGUCGGUGCGAGGAGCCCGGUUCUUCAUCGGCAGCCGGAGGAGGACCAAAGGCCUGUUCACGGGCCUGGUGAGGCAGCUGGUUCUGCUGCCCGGCUCAGAUGCCACCCCAAGGCUGUGCCCCUGCAGGAACGCUGAGCUCGCCGCACUGUCCAUCCCCCCCGUCCUGCAGGGACUCCCGGGGAAGCCAGAAGAGAACGAGGUGCUAAAAUACCCCUACGAAACCGACAUGAAGGUGACGCUGGGAUCCCGGCCUCCGUGUACCAAGGCGGAGGACGCCCAGUUCUGGUUUGAUGCCAGCCGCAAGGGGCUGUACCUGUGUGUGGGCAGCGAGUGGGUCUCCGUGUUAGCAGCCAGAGAGAGGCUGGACUACGUGGAGGAGCACCAGCGCCUGUCCACACACGCGGAGACGCUGGGCAUCGAGGUCUUCGCCAUCCCCGAGGCCGGGCUCUUCGUCGCCACCGCCAACCGCAGGGCCACGUCCGCCAUCUACAAGUGGACGGACGGCAAGUUCGCCUCCUACCAGGACGUCCCCACGCACCAGGCCCAGUCCUGGCGGCACUUCACCAUCGGGAAGCGGGUCUUCCUGGCCGUGGCUAAUUUUGAACCGAAUGAAAAGGGGCAGGAGUUCUCCGUCAUUUACAAGUGGAGCCCGAGACGGCUGAGGUUCACGCCGUACCAGCGGGUGCCCACCCACAGCGCCCGGGACUGGGAGGCCUUCGAGGUGUCCGGGGAGCACUUCCUGGCCGUGGCCAACCACCGGGAAGGCGACAACCACAACAUCGACAGCGUCAUCUACAAGUGGAACCCGGGCAGCCGGCUCUUCGAGGCCAACCAGACCAUCGCCACCUCGGGCGCCUACGACUGGGAGUUCUUCACGGUGGGGCCCUACGCCUUCCUGGCCGUGGCCAACGCCUUCAACGGCACGUCCACGCGGCUGCAGUCCCAUCUGUACGUGCGCCUGGGCGGCUCCUUCCAGCUCUUCCAGUCGUUUCUGGAUGAUGGCUUGUCCUUCUCGGUGGCAGACCCCAGGCCACGUCCCCAGGAUGAUUCUAAAAUCGGGACGUUGCUGUCGGCAUUUGCGUCCUCCUGGCUGUGUCGGAAUGUGGAGCUGAGGCACAGCUGUGGUCACUCCCUCCUCUGGAUUCAGCGGUGGGACGACCCUCCCGCCACCUUGGGGGAGAGUCCCUGCCUGCGGGUCAGACUUCCCUUUCGUGCCACAGCCCACACAUGUGGCUCGCCUCGCACACGGCCGCGUCUGCUGCGCGGACUGCUUCUCUGCAAGGUCCAAGUUACUUCUGAAACCCCUCCCCUGCUCCCUCCCCUUUCUGGGGGAGGAAAACCGCCGUCUCUGCCCCGUAAGGUCUCCCGGCCUCUUGCUGGUCCCUGUUCCCGGAGGCCAUUCUCCUGCUCCCGCAUCUCUGUGCCUCCCGGGUCUCCAGCCUCGCGUCCUCGCAUCCUCCGUGCUUCCACUGUGUCUGGAAGGAGGCUGGGCGGCGUGCGUUCGUGGAGACCCCUUUCCUCUGCACUCCUCCCCCCGACCCUCCAGGCCCGCCGCCUCCAGAACUGUCAGUGGUUCCCAUUCUGGAACGUUCCUUUACCGCCAUCUUUGGCUGCAGCCACUACACCCAGUUCUGAUGUCCCUUCUCCAGGUUGACCCCGGCUUUUCGGGUAACACCCUAAGGUGCUCCCCCCAAUUCCGCAGCAUCCUAUGCGGCUGGCCAGGUCAGGGGACCAAGGCCGGCCAGUGGGCGUUGAGCUGAGAGAGCCUGAGCUAAGCCGGGCCUGGGGCUGAGCGUCUGGGGAGUGUCCCGCCUCUCAUCCUCCCCAGCCACGGGGCCACAUGCCCCGAGCUUCCAGCAUCGCCCAGUGAGCAUCACCCUGCGGUGGGAAGCACGGGUGCCAUGGUGGCCCAUCCUCACCUGGGUGCCACGUGCAGGAUUCAGGCUGGAGGUGUUUCCCAGAACAGUGAGGCCAGCCCAGCUCCCAGCACGGGGGCACGGCGACGCCGCUGCCUCCUGCAGGGCCUCCCCUUUGAUCUCUGCCCUCAGCGCCCACACGUGCUUGCACCGGCUUCCAACUCGCCACAGCACCCUUCCAGUCAGUCCGCAGGGACGCGCUCCCAGGCCCGGAGACCUUCCCGGCUUUUCUUGCUCAUUUUAUGCCGCCUCGGCCCCGCCAGGACUCUGGUCGGUGGGCUGGGUUCUUUGAUUGAGUCACAUCUCUUCUUCUUGCUGUGCAGCUUCCAGGGUUCCCUGCCCUUAUUCUGCAGGCACGUGGCUGCGUGUCUUCUCCUAAUGCCGGGAAUGGUGAUUUUUUAAGUUGAAUAAAUGAAUU